AACGGAGCUCGGCGGUCAUGGCGGAAGGUGUCAAGUCAGGAGAUUGUCCGCAGCUGUCUUUUAAAUCAGCCCAAUUUCACCUCUCUCUUUUUCCGAUCUUUUUUAAAACGAGCAAGGUACAGGCGUAAGUGAGAACAAUAGGAUAUCUUUGGUGGAAGUUCUUCCGCCAUUAUGUCCUCACAGCCACCACAGAGGCCGAGACGAAAUGCGUCCCCAAGAGCGGGACCUCAGCCAAUGCGGGCAACGUUACCGGUUACACUACAAGUAAGACAGAGCAGUCCAACACGGUGUAGCAAUGGGCGACGCUCCAGUCCAGCAUUGGCGUCAUCACCGACUCAGCCAUGGGCCACUUCUACCAGCGAUAGCCAUAAAGUCAAACACAGACGGUCACCAGAUCAUAGGCAUGAUAGAACUUCACCGGAGAGAAGUCCAAGCUCACCAGCAUUUAGGGUUGAGAGGCCAAAAGCAGUAAGAGCAAGUCCUAUUCGGCGCACCAAUUCCCUUGAUACAAUAGCAGUGCCGUACUUAUCAGGUUACUGGCCACGAUCUGAGGUAGUUUCAUGCACUGCCUCUUCCACCUCAUCAUCCAACUGUCAUGAGCCACAUCAGAAAGACCAAUCAACACAGACAGAGGAGAUAGAAAGAAAAGGUUCAUCACACAAGAGAUCGUCAUCAUGGGGAAGUGCAGACAAUCUGAAGGAGAAACUUCGACAACAGCUACGUAAGCAAGGGAGCCGCCAGUCUAGUGGCAGUACACAACGUGCCUCUCCUGUACAUGCUAAUCAUUCCACAGCAACCACCUACACAGCACCAUCUGGCAGCCCAGCAGCACCACUAAAUCAGCCUUUACCUCGAUCUCCUGCCAUUCCUGUCCCCAAUAAUGCCUUGAAGGCACCUGCCCCUAAGAUCCGUGGAAGUGUGGAGGGAUUAAAUCAAGAGAUUGAGAGGCUGGUGUUGCAAGGAGUACGACGAGAAGUUGAUACAGAUAAGAGGGGCAUUAUAAUACAAACUCAGGAAGUUGCAUCAGAUGGGCGUCGUGCACCACCUCCUGUCCUACCAAGUGUCGAUACUGGUACCCAAACCCCAGCUGAGAACCAGGAUGAUGGUAACCUCAGUGAGGAGAAUGGUAGUAGAGGAUCAGAUAGCCGUAGUCAUUCUGUAUCACCAACCUUUCAACUGGAUGGCUCACCAUCUCGACCUUCGAGUAGGUCAAGCUCUACGGGUAAUAGUGAGGUUAAAGGGGAGAAAGGAGAAACAUCGCCAGAUUUCCAUGGUUGCAAGUAUGCUUCCUCUCCAAGCCACAAUAAAUCUUAUCAGCUUACUAGAGAUCCACCUGAUGGCUGUGAAAGAGUACGUUCUAUUGAAGAACCAAGUCGAAUUCCACUAUUCGUCGAGGAUGAUCAUGAGUAUUGCCCUGACAAAAAGGUAUCAUUUAAGCUCAAGCCCAGCGAUAGCUCGGCAUUCUGCCCACUACCAAACUACCCACCUGGAGAAUUCACGAAAUCCCCACAAGCUAUGGUUGCUGCUACACAAACUCAGAGUGCUGCUUGUGGAGACUAGGUAUUUACCUAAACGAUACUUUAUAGGAUGUAUAUUGUUUGUGUCAGAACAAACAGGAAGCACAGAUUUUUAAAAAUUUGUAGGGAGAUGCACGAAGCUGAUCCUGUAUUGACUGAUUUAACAACCUCUGUUGGAAAGGAGAGAGAGGGAAUCAAUUUGGCCAACAGUUAGAAACCUGUCAUUUGUUUCCCCCCUGUUUUAUUUUACCUGGUAUGAGUCUAUAAUUAAUUUGAUUUAACUCUCAGAAAAGCCAUCAAAACUGCCACCAAUUUCUUCUGAUAUUGGUGCAGGUUCAGACUGCUUUCAGUGUCUAGCUAGCAAUCUUUUAUCAUCCAGUUUGUCUAGAAACCACUCUGUACAAACGUACUACCAAAAUUAUUGAUAAGGGGUGUAAGAGGGGGAGCAGGCUGUUGCAAGUAAAUUAUAUCUUUUUUUAGAUUUCUGACAGGCACAAAUAUUGUCCAGUGGAUUUCUUCUGAACAUUAGGGUGUGAUUAAAAUCAGUGUGCCUGUCGGGGUGAUCUCCAAAAGUAAUAUUUACAUGUAUUUUCUCCCAAAAUAAUUCAGAAUUGUUGUUUUUGUUAUCAAAUAAAGUUAAGGAUGUUAUAUUUUCAAAAGUGAAAACUGGAAACUUAUUUUAAAUCUGAUAAUGCAUUCCAGACCUAUUUUCAAUCAUAAAACCAAACUUUUGGUUCUCUCCUGUAAGUGUAUGCAGUUUAAUUUAUACAUGAAGUCACUAAAUUCCAAUCCUCAGUUGUCAAAAUACUGUUUGGAUUCCUUCUUUCAAACUUCUAACUAGCACUGAACUUAAUGAAACUCAUGCUUAUUUGAAGGGGAAGUGAUAAUUAAUUGUACAGUGUCAGAGUUGAUUACGUUUGUUUCAGAGAACUAACCUCAACUGAACCUGUGCAAACUUACAGUGUACCUCAAGCAAUUUGUAACCGUUUCAGUAUCCCAUUGUUGGAAAAUAAACAGUUUAACAGAACCUUGUUCAUUCAGUAUCUUCAUUCUUUUGCUGGCCUUUCCAAUAAUUCUAUGUGUUAAGGGGUCUCAAUGAGCUUAAACAUAGUAUUGUAAUUGGCUGUGGUAAAUCACAUUGAACAGAACAAAAAAGUACUUGUCUCAAUCUCCUCACCUGUCAACAAAUUUAAAUGAAGUUUUGAAAAGAUAACCUCAAAAGCUUCAAUUUGAUACCGCCAAACAACAGUUUCUGAAAUCUGCAUGUACUUUGGGAUGAAAUAAAUAUUUCUUUUGGGUUGCAUGUUUUUGGGGGCACCCUGUAAUGUAUGUAGAUUUCAUGUUAAACAUAUGUUUUGACUUGCUUUUGAGGAAUUAAAUGCUGACUCUUUUAUAAAUUCAAUCUUUCACCUGCAGUGUGUGUAGAGUGCUGUGGAAUUUACUAAUAGUUUGUCAUUCCAAGUUCCAAAAUAUACAAAGUUUGAGACAUUAGAAUAUUAUUUAUAAAUUCCCCUCAUAUUUGCUUGUUUGGAGGGUAUUAGUGCUUGACCUGUGUGUGCACAUAUGCAUAGUGCUUGCACCAAAAUUGGAAAAUAACUUGCAAAGGGUUUUCCAGUAAUAUGUUAUGCUUUCACAAAAUGAAAACAAAAAAUGCCUUCAAGUUUUUACUACAUCAUAUUUCCCUGCAAUAGUGUGACAGAAAGAAGUGGUGUGUGUAAUUAGCUUUGGGCGGACAAUAAUCAUCACAGUAUCCUUUGUUUGCCAAAUUAAGACCGAUAACAAGUUGUGGGGAUGUCUCUGUCCCCACAACUUUUACGUAACUGAAAAUCGGUACCAUGUCUGUUGUCAUUUUACACAAUGUAGGAAACCAGUAACAUGACUUUUUAUGAGGUGCCAAUUAUGAAAUGAGUCAGACUUUAUUUCUGUAUAAUAGUAUUUGUUGUGGAAUUUUCUAAAAGUUUCCUAAAUCUUUACCAUGUACUUCAAAUGAUAGCAUUGUGUGCUAGUAUUUUUGAUUUGAUUUAUAAGUGAUAAUUGUUACCUUGUCUGUCUAUUGAUGAAAAUCUGUGUUGAUCUAAACCAAUGCAACAUUUGUAAUAAUUUUGUAUGUAUGUGAAAUUGAAUCCAUGACAAACUGUGGUAUUGAUAUACAUGUAUUAGGGUAAGGAUCUUUGCCUGGAUUUUGUUUGUGCCUGUACUAUUUCAUGUUGUUAAAUGUAUGUGUUUAGUGUGAACAUAAGCUUAAUGUUAACAUGUUUUAGUUUUUUUAAUUGAAGUUGGUUUGAGACCUGCAUUUCAUUCAAAUAACACAGCUUUUGCCACAUUAAGUGUAAAAACAAAGUUUGAUUUUUUUUAUCAAAAGUGUAAUGUCAAGAUAUGUGGAAAUUUGUGAGCUUGCAUGCAUGAUUUGACAUGUUUUGUUAAGAAUACUACGUCCUUUUUAUAAUGUAGGAGUCUUGCUGUAGCGUUCGCUAACAUUUGCCCUGCGUGUAUUUUAUUGGAAUGAAUAUUCAUUUUGUGUAGUAUUUUCCUCUGUUUUAUUCCAGAAAUGACAAAAGCCAAAACAUCCUCAUGACAGACACCAUAAGUUAUUUUAUGAUUCUUUUAUCGUUAAUAGCACAGAUAUGAUAAGUCACCAAAGAGAUCAAAAUAAUGUUUAUCACAAAGGUAUCUUGAGGACCAACUGUAAGUAAAGUUAUGUAUGCCUUGAACUUUGCUUUCAGUAAAGGUGUACAAUUUGGUUUGAAUUAUACAAAAGACGGAUCUAAAGAUCAUACAUUCUUAUUGAACCACAUCAGUGAAUCAAGGCUUGUUGCAUACAGUUACAACUGUUACAUGAAUUUCUAAAGGAAAUAUUUCAUGUUACACUUUCUUACCUGAGCUUUUUUAGCUACAGGUGGGUUCAUAAAUCUUGUCAUCAGAGUCCAUUUUAGUGUGUUUUAUGUAUGAAUAUGGUGAGCUGUGACUUACAUGUAAGACAUGUACCCAAUACAGCCUAGAAUCCUGCAGUAAACUAUUCUAAAAAGUUGAUGAACAUUCCGGUAGUUAUGCACACUUCUUCCACUUGCUACACUAACCCAGAUAAGAAGUAUGUCAAGAAGCUUGUGCCUAGGCUCUUAAAGGUAAGGGGUCUGUCUUAUAAUUGUGCACGCUGACGUACAAAUUUAGACAAACAAGUGCUUGACCUGUUUUGUUUUGGGGUGGGUUUAGCCAGUUGUAAAUCACCCCCGUUGGGCAACAUGCUCAUUGGCAGAAAAAUUGAUGAACCAA